GUUGCGGUCGUUAUGGUAGGAACUGCUGGGAUAGGAUAUAUUACGUGCAGAGAAUUGGCCAAAAAAAAUGCACAUGUGUUCAUAUUAAGUCGUAAUAUCGAGAAAGGUCAGACAGCAGUUGAAAAAAUCAAAUCCGAGACUG